AUGGAAAGCCAAAACCAGCUAAACGUAACCGACCCAUCCGGCAACAAAAGUCCAGGUCCAGCCUCUCUACAAGAUAAACCUGAAUCGUCAAGCUCAACAGCCCACAAUUUCCCUUUCAAACUUCAUCAAAUUCUGAGCACUCCUGAAUUCAAUGACAUCAUUUGUUGGCUUCCUCAUGGACGAGCUUGGCGAAUCCAGCAACAAGAUAGACUCGAAUCUGAAGUACUACCGAUGUUCUUUCAACAUAACAAGUAUUCAUCUUUCUAUCGCCAAGUCUAUGGAUGGGGAUUCCACAGAAUCCUUUCUGGUCCCGACUUCAACAGCUUCUACCAUGAACUUUUUCUCCGCGACUCUCCGGAUCUGUCCUUGAAGAUGAAACGACCAUCAAAGAAAGAGCUCACCGAACGAAGACACGCAACGCCAGACUCACCGCCCAACUUUUACCUGAUGCCACCGAUAUCAGAGUCUGAAACUGACUCGUCGGUAGACAACACUUCUUUGCCCGCCAUGAUAAUGGAUGAGUACUGGGAUAAUCUGAUGAAGCGGUUGUCUGGCUUUUCUUCGUUGCAGGAAAAGGGGUUGUAUCUUCAAACGAAGCUAGAUCAGCUAGAGGCCGAGAGAUUAGGGGUUCUCCACCGCCUGCAAUUAUUAAGAAACCUACAAAGAGAACACCAAUUGGUACCCCACCCCAUGAAUCGUGGCGACAUGAGGAUACCGUUUGAUACAAGUGGCCGUCAACUACCUCUGCAACGCGGAAUGUUACGGUCUCAGCAACAAGUUCGCGAUUCUCUGGAUCCUUGGAUACAGCGGGCAGCUCAAGAAAUUUACUUGGAACGGCAAAUGCAAUUUGGGCAUGAAGAGAGCGAAAGGUCUGGAGAAAAGUGGAAAUGUCGAUGA